AUGCCAAUCAUCACUAGUAUUCUCGACAACGAUUUGUACAAAUUCACAGUGAGCAAUGGAUACUUCUGCCUCCACCCAUAUGCCUCUGGUGUUUUUUCAUUCCGUGACAGAAACCACAUGGACUUCCCAGACGGCUUCAUUUCUGCGCUCCGCGCAGAGAUCGACGCUAUGGCGGACCUCAAACUGACACAAGAGGAGGAAGUUUAUUUGAGAGGAUUGAAGUACCUCCCACCCACAUACAUUGAGUUUUUGAAAGGCCUCAAAUUUGAUCCGAAGGAAGUGACAAUGUCUCUUGAAAACAAGAAGUUAGUUAUCGACUGUAGUGGAUACUUAUAUCGAAUGACAUUAUGGGAAGUCCCUAUUCUUGCAAUAGUCUCGGAGCUCUAUCAAAAGAUGACUGGACACAAGCCUGACUGGGAACACAUCAAUAAAGUGACUGUCGAGAAGGCAAAGACUUUGACAGCGGCUGGGUGUAUAUACAGCGACUUUGGAACACGACGUCGGUUCUCCAAAGAAGUUCACGAGAAAGUUGUUGAGCUGUUGAAAGCAAACUCUGGAAAGAACUUCAUGGGCUCUUCUAAUGUCUUGUUGGCUAUGAAACACGAUUUGGUCCCAAUUGGAACACACCCACAUGAGUGGAUGAUGUACUAUGCAGCUGCAUAUGGAUAUAAAGGAGCUAAUACAAAGGCGUUGACUGACUGGAGAGACUUGUAUAGAGGAAAAUUGUGUUGCGCGUUAACAGACACGUUCACAACUGACGUGUUCUUCAGGGAAUUCACGCGCCCACUCGCAACAAGUUUCGAUGGAAUUCGACAUGAUUCAGAGUCUCCAUUUGUGUUCGCAGAUAAAGCAAUAGCUUUCUAUAACAAAAUGGGCAUCGACCCAUUGACCAAGAACAUCGUCUUCUCCGACAGCUUAAACGCACAGAAGGCUGUUGACUUAGAAAAUUACUGUAAAGGAAAGAUCAAGUGCAGUUUUGGUAUUGGAACUUCAUUCACGUGUGACACGGGAAACGACAACAAACCACUUAAUAUCGUGAUGAAAUUGUUGAAAGCUAAAGAGUACGACGAAGAUCAAAUGAGUGGGUGUGUGAAGCUUUCUGAUGCCGUUGGAAAGCAUCUUGGUGACGAAAAGGAUGUGAUGACCUGCAAACUCUCACUUGGCAUUAAUUGA